AUGACCUUUCUUCGCUCCUUCCUGCUGCUCCUCCUCCCAUUCCUCAUUCUCAGCGUCACGGCGAACGUCGAGAAAACCAUAUUCCGGGCCCCUUCGGCGGCCACGAUCCCCGCCGUCGACCCGUCUCUCGACGACCUCGGUCUCCAACGACUCUCGCCCGCGAAACCCGCCCUGCGCACGCAGUUGAAUGCUUCCUUUCCCACAGAAGACUCGCCGGGGACCGACUCGUGGUAUUUCCUAGAAAACCUGACUCCGGGCCAACGCUACGAGGUCCGAAUCUGCUGGCUAGCUACGCAACCCACAGACUUUACUUUGACCACAUAUACAAUUCCCGAUGCGAUCGAGGAUCCCGUCCUCUUCUCCUCUAUCGGCGUCUACUCCGCCGCGCGCAUGGCAGAGUAUCCGCCGCAAGGCAUGACGCCUCGUUCGGGUCCCUUCGACACCUCCCCCACCUCCGACUCCGUGCUCUUCCUGCGUAUCCGGGCCGCGGCGGACUAUUACUCGCUUGACUCGUCCCUGAUGGAGAAUGUACCGCCUGUGCGGGCAGAUAUCAUUCUGGACCCGUUUCUGUUGAACGUUUUCCCGCAGUCGCUGGUGCCGACGGCGUGUUAUAUGGCUGUCGUUGGGGGUGUUGCUGCUGUGCUAGCACGGUGGAUACUUGGUCAAUUUACCAGGGCUGCAGAAUCUGCGUCCACGGCGCAGGUGGGUAAAGAGAAGAAGAAACGGUAA